UACUGAUAUUAGGGAUCAAAGAUGUGCUCAUCGGAGGCGUCCCUCCAUAGAUAUGUACUAGGGAUCCCUUCUUUGAUACACUGGUCUAGUUGUGUUGAACGUGAUGCUACACGGUGCCAGGAUGUCAACCACCCAGCCUGCUCAGUGCUGCCUCACCCAGCAGCCGCGGGUCUCUUGAGGUUGUCACGGAGCAUGUGAUCGUGACGAAACGCGUCGGACAUGCGGCCGCGUCUUCAGCCAGUAAAAGUGACUGGCGUGUAUGAUGCUCGGAAUCACACCGGCAACCCGACGAGAACCUGCCAUCUCGACAUUUGAUAGUUGUAUGUAUACGUGCAGGCAUGCCCCCACAACGGAGUCUAACAGCAUUCAAGAGGGACUUGAGUCUCAAAGUCGGCCGACUAAAUCGUGUGAUUCAUAUUUCCGUUGUUUCUACUGCAGGAUGCAUCAAAGCCUUCCGAAAAGGCCAACGAACAGACGACAGCAACGGAUGAGGCGGUUUACUACCCCAAGUUGCCCUGCGGAUGAACUUCGUGGAGAAACAUGCUCCCGCAGACCUGAAGGACGUGCCCUACUCCUUCACGUCAUAGAGAUCCUCGAGUGGUGCACCCGCUUUCCGAUCCAGCUCUGCACGGUCCCGCCAGACGACGCGCCUGUCCCGCCGCGCACAGGGAAGGACGGCGUGCCGCGAAUCAUGCUCGUCGCCAUCUGCUUCACGGCGAACGUACGCCUCUACAACUCUACAAGCGACGACCCAAGAAGGCGCGUUACAUGUGGCUCAAACAACUCUUUGGUGGCAGACCACGCUGGUAUCGGGAUAGCUUCCCCCAAGAGGAGUUUCACUUGCAUCUCAUUGAGUGCUGGCUGCCUUAGAAUAGCCUGGGCCGGAUCUACUACAGAAUGUCCCUCGGCACAGUCAACGAUGAUAGUCAACAAAUGGUACAAAUGACGCGGGCCAGGCGUAGCACGUGUUCCAUACCAGCUUAGAGCUACACUGGGUCUUCGCUUCUAGCUCAGGGGCCAGGACCCCUACAGACCCCUACUCG